GUGCGAUGAUGACGCUACACCAGAUUCUCUCUUUUUUAUUAUGCUUAGCAAGCUACACCGGUCAUCAAGCAAAGUAGUGAAUGGUUGACAACUUAAAAGUUAAUACAUAGUUACUUUGCGUACAUUUUUAUUUUGUUAUUUGUUCGCGUCUUAAUUUUGUUUAACGUCCAAAAUUUAUUUAUUUCCCAAAUAAUUCAUUACAUUUAUGUUAUACAUAAAAAUAUAAUACUGGUUGAUUUUUUAUUACGAUUUGGUUGAUAUGUUUAGUUCUUUCUAUUGUACACAAGUUGAGUGUAAACUGUAUACAAAUUUGGUGUGUUACUUAGAAGUUACUUCAAAAAUUUCCAAUUAGUUGAAUCGACAAAAGGGAAGCAAAGAUGUGGAAGUUCAUCCGCGGAAAAGGUCAACAACCCUUAGCUGAACGACAGAAAUUACAGAAGGAACUUUUUGCUUACAAAAAGACAGUACAACAUGGAUUUCCACACAAACCAUCUGCAAUGGCCUACGAUCCUUUGCGAAAACUAUUCGCAAUCGGAACACAUUCGGGGGCAAUAAAAGUCUUUGGACGUCCUGGUGUAGAGUUUUAUGGGCAACAUUUAACACAGUCAAACACUUCAGCUGACUGUAUUAUACAAUUACUAGAAUGGAUUCCAGAUACAGGUCGUAUUUUGUCCCUGACAACAUCAAAUCAAUUGAUCCUAUGGGAACCAGCUGGAGCGAUGUUGGUCCCAAUCAAAAGCCUAUCGUUCGACACCAAGAAAAAGAUAUCAUCAUUAUGCUGCUCUCUCGAAAAAGACUUGAUAUGGAUUGGGACCGAACAGGGAAACAUUUAUUUUUUGAAUUUAAAGACUUUUCUAAUCAAAGAACCAAUCAUUUUUCUGGACAACGUUCUAGAUAAAGUUCCAGAGUACACAUUCAGCUCAGCACAUAAUGCAGUUGAAUCAAUUAAACAGCUCUCAAACAAUCACAAUCAAAUCCUCAUUGCCUAUAAUCGAAAACUUUGCGUGCUUUGGGAUUUGGAAGAAAACACAGUUGUUCGUUCUUUUAUAGCAUCGGGGCAUAUUGUUGGGCUAUAUGUUAAUGCGGAUAGCCAGGAUUUUACUUGCUAUCACGAGGAUGGUUCAUAUGCAACUUGGUCAAUUGAUGAUCCAAGCGCACCAAAGGACCAUGCAUUCGUACCAUACGGACCUGAUCCAUGCAAAUUGAUCAAUAAAUUGGUCAAAGGGAAACGCAAUGAAAAUGAUAUUGUUAUAUUUUCGGGUGGAAUGCCUCGAUCUUUAUACGGUGAUCGACAAUGUGUCUCUAUUCAUUGCGCAGAUGAUUCAAAGAUUUGCUUGGAUUUUACAUCAAAAGUUAUCGACUUUUUCGUAUCAUUUGAUGACGAAUGCACAAGUCAAGUCCAAGCAUUAGUUGUACUUCUGGAAGAGGAGCUAUGUGCCUAUGAUCUAACUGAUCCAACAUUGAAACCAAUUAAGUUACCAUAUUUGCACUCAGUGCACACAUCAGCUGUAACUUGCAAUCAUUUAGUAUCUCAAGUGAGUGGACAAAUAUAUCAAAAAAUAGCUGAAGCGGGAAAGAGAAAUGAAAUCGAAUACAGUGAAUUAGAAUGGCCAGUUACUGGUGGAACUUUAUUUGAAAAAGGCGAAGAUUUGGCUACAAAAGAAUACGAAAUAUUAUUAACCGGUCACGAAGAUGGUUCGGUAAAAUUUUGGGAUUGUACUGGUGUUGUUCUUGUGCCGUUACUACAUUUCAAAACAGCAACUCUCUUUGGAAAUGACGAUGAUGACUUCGAAGAUCUUCAUGAUAAUCAAGAAAAACUAGAUGACUCCGAACCACCAUUCCGCAAAUCUGGAUUAUUCGAUCCAUAUUCUGAUGAUCCUCGACUAGCUGUCAAAAGGAUAGCAUUUUGUCAGAAAUCUGGACAACUCAUAGUUGCCGGAACAGCAGGAAAUAUUGUUUGCGCUAAUUUAAACUGUAAAACUCAAGAAGGCCCGUUGAGAGUUACAACAAUGAAUUUGGUUAGCGACCGUGAUGGUUUCAUUUGGAAAGGACAUGAUCAACUGAAAAUAAAACCACAUUUGCUUAAUGAGCCAAUAACACCAAUUGAAGAUGGUCUUCAAGUUACUGGAAUCUUACAAGUUCUACCACCCGCUGCCAUAACUUGUGUGGCUCUACAGUCGAAUUGGAAUUUAGUUGCUGCCGGAACCGGACAUGGAUUAGUUUUGUUCGAUUACUUCAACCAUUUUCCCGUCUUACACCGAUGUACUUUGAAUCCAAACGAUUUAACUGGAGCUGGAGAAGCACUUUCGCGCAGAAAAUCAUUUAAAAAAACUCUACGUGAAUCAUUCCGUCGAUUACGAAAAGGAAGAUCAACCAGAAACAAUCCAGGUGCAACACAAACACCAAUCGCUGAAACACGUCCAAUCGAACGUCAAAUUGAAGCACGACCGGUAGAUGAUGCAAUGAAUUCAUUGGUUCGGUGUCUGACAUUUUCUCAAACUUUUAUCGCAAACAUCCAUACAACCACUCCCACACUAUGGUCAGCAACAAACUCAAGCUGUGUGUCAGUAUUCGUUCUUAACAUUCCACCCAAAUCUGUAAAUGACAUACCAUCCGAACAACGAAAAAUGAUAACAGCCCAAUUGGCCAAAUCGAUUCAGCUUAAACAUCGUGCACCGGUCGUUAACAUAUCAAUUUUUGAUAAUUCUGGCGUUCCACUUGAACUUUCACAUGGCCCUGGUACUGCCCCGCAUCGUGUGCUUAUAGCAUCGGAAGAACAAUUCAAGGUAUUUUCAUUACCGCAACUUAAACCGGUGACCAAAUAUAAAUUAACAGCACACGAAGGUGCACGUGUUCGCAAAAUGGCAUUUGCCACAUUUUCAUGCAUUGUACCACCAAAUUUGAUUCACUCACACAGUCCCACGAAAACUCCUUCCAAAGGAGAUUCUACGAAUGAUCAUAAUAUAAUCAGUGAUAAUACACAUAACACUUCAAUCGAUGCAAAUGUAGCAAUGCACACAGAAGUUGGUCUACUAUGCUUGACAAAUCUUGGCGAUUGUUUAGUAUUAUCCAUUCCGGAAUUGAAGCGACAAAUUAAUGCAGCAGCUGUACGUCGAGAGGAUAUAAGUGGGAUUACAUCGCUGUGCUUCACUAACUACGGAGAAGCCCUCUAUAUGAUGUCUUCUUCAGAAUUACAACGUAUUUCAUUAUCAGCUACGAAAAGCGUUCGUGCGGAAGGUGUUAUUGAAGUUGAGCCACACGAUUCUAUAUUGAAUGAAGACGAAGACGAUGACGAUGACGAAGAUGAUGACAGAAAGUCAGAAACAAAAUCAAUAUCAACGAUUGGAACAAAAGAUGAACAAACAAAACUGGGAGAAUAUCUAACAAAUGGUGUAGAUGUUUCACCCGCAAAUGUAACCAUCACCAGUUCAAUUGGUGAUAUUACUGUUGAUUCAGUUCGAGAUCAUUUGAAUUCUACUGUGACAACACUUCAUGCAACAACAACUGAAGAAAUUGUGGGUCGUUUGUCCGUUUUAAGCACUCAAGCAAACAACACACUUUCGUCAAUUCAAAUGAAGGAUGUGCCAGACAUAAAUAUAUCGAAUUUAAAAGAUUUAGCUCCGAUUGGUGAAACAACCGAAACUAGCUCAAACACAAUUGUCAUUAAAUCCAUUAUUACUACGAUUUCAAAUGGACAAGAAAAUGGAGAAACUGAAAAAAUAACUACUACAACAACAACACGAAAGGAAUCACAAUUGUGAGCCAGAGUUGUAACACAUGUGUUACAAGAUGCAUCUUCACAUGGUGGUAUAAUUAUAAUUAGUGUCGUAUUUAAUGAACGAGACUACAAAACUCUAAAUCGAAUAUUAUAUUUUUUUAUUGGUAAUGUGAAAAUGUCUAUGAACAAACAAAUGAAUCGUAUAAUGUGCACAAAAUACUUAAAUGGCCUUGAAAACUAACAAUCACGAAACUGAUUUGAAUAAAAGGAAUGGAAGUUCAAUUCAAAUUAGAAACUA